AAAGAUCUUCAAACUAUUCUCUCACACACAGAGAAAGAGGGAGAGAGAGAGACAGAGAUGGAGGGGAAUGGGUUCGAAGGAGACUUGAACGGGGAGAUAUUGGGACCGUGCCUGAGCAGCUAUGUGGACGAAGGAAGCACGGAGAGCCACAAAUACUACCUGGCGCGCAGAACUGUGCUGGAGAUGCUCAAGGACAGAGGCUAUGCCGUGCCCACCUCGGAAAUCGAGCUCUCUCUCAAGGACUUCCGAGCCAUUCAUGGCCAGAACCCCGACCUUGAGCGCCUCCGAAUCACCACCAACCUUCGCGCUGACCCUUUGAAAAGGAUUCUGGUCAUUUUCUGUGGACCUAGUAUGAUAAAAGUUAAUUCGGUCCGCAGCAUUUUAGCCCAGAUUAUGAACAAAGAGACUUUAAGUGGGUUGAUAUUGAUAGUGCAAAACAAUAUAACAAACCAAGCUUUAAAAGCAGUGGAUCUUUGCAAAUUUAAAGUUGAAAUAUUCCAGAUCACUGACUUGCUUGUUAACAUUACAAAGCAUGAAUUAAAGCCAAAGCAUCGUGUACUGACUGACCAAGAGAAAAAGAAGGUCUUAAAAAAGUACAAUAUUGAAGAAAAGCAGCUUCCUCGAAUGUUACAAAAAGAUGCAAUUGCAAGGUACCAUGGACUAGAGAAAGGGCAGGUUGUGAAAGUCACCUAUAGUGGUGAAAUCACCGAGUCGCAUGUUACUUAUCGAUGCAUCUGGUGAUGCUUUCUUUUAUGCGGUUCUCUUUUGUGCCUUUCCUCUGGAAGUUGUAGAAUUCUGUGUAUCUUUUGAUGUGUGCUUUAUGGACACUUUUGAGUUACUCUAUCUGAUCCUUGAUACUGAUGUGUGCUUUUAUGAACACUUUGGGUUACUAUGA